AUGCCGACACUCUAUAACGGGUGGUUUUGGACCGGGGAAGUAAGAGACCAGAUGCUCAAGGCGGUAGGACAGGCACUGGCAGACGGGCUGACAAGGAUGGAGGUCAACUUUCCUCCCGUUCCCAACCUGGAGGAGGUGGACUUCGGGACUGCCUUGAAUCAGCAGUUCGCCAUCGAGAUCCGCGAUGUGCUGGGGAUGGAGGAUCAGAAGUACAAGAUAGAGGUGAGGAGAUCUCUCAUCGACUUCGCCAACCUCUACUGGUCGAGAGCUCUUGCGGCCGUUGCGGGGGGUCAGCCAGUGUACGUGCAGUACUGCGACCAAACCAGUAAGAAAAAUGCAAACUCCCCGGGUGAGAACGUCUGGAUCGGGCGACUAGAAACCAUUCCCCGCACGUUGACGGAGAGGCAAGAGCUUUCCAUCGUCGUCAACCCGGGUGACGUGUCGCAGUGGAAGAAGGCGCUCUCCUACUCAGGGCCCAGCAGCCCUCUCAUCUUCCUCAACAGAGAGAGCUUUGCGCAGCGUGACGGCAGCACGAAGGGCGUUGAACAAGUUUAUUACCUCAAGAGGAUCAGCAAGGGAUGGGUGUUUCGGCAGUAUCCUGGUCCAUGGCAGGCUCUUGUGGAGAAGCCGGACGGCACGGUGGAGUGCGUUGCGACAUACAACAAGAGACCUCUGCUGAGAGAAGUCAGCAAGGUUGUCCGGGAGUACAGCUUCCAGCAGUUCUCAAUCUUCAACGACCGAUAC